AUGAGUCCACAGUCAGCCAUUCGGUUCAAUGACCCUCUGGUGACCGACUACAAUUCAAUGGAUGUGGAUGAGUCCACUGUGUCCCGGGCAUCACUAGAUGAUCUAUACCUAGGGCCGGAUGAUGACAUAGAAUAUGAUUCUCCAUCAUCUGGAUCACUGGAUGUCUUGGCUGCAAUACCCAACUUGUACCUUGGGCCUGAGGAUGAUAUCAUCAAUGUGGAUGAGUUGCCAGAUUCUGCCAAUCCUAAGAUUGAUGUUCCAGCUGCAUCAGAAGCGUCUAUGUCAUGGGAUUAUAGAUACUUAUUGAGUUCCGACCAUUUGGGUCAUAUGAACACACCGGGUAUUGACUUGGUGAUUACAAACACCGUACUGGGGAUCUUCCUGAUCCUUCCAUUCCACUGCUACUUGAGGCCAAGUGACCCUUCUGGAUGGCUUGGGCAGAAACUUCCGACAAACUCAGAAGAGCUGAUGCAGACCUCCAGAGGUUGCAAAGAGCCCAAUGGAUGA